UAUCGUAAUUUAUAAAUUUAUCUGUUGUUUUACGGUCCCAAGUAUACCUUAAGCCAGCCCUGUGUCAACCAAUCCAAUUUCGAUGCUCAUUCAUAUCCUAACCUAACUUUUACAGUUGUUUGUCUAGAAUACGUUGACUGUAAAAAUAACAUCUCCACUGUAUACCAAAGAGAAAAAACACUUCAAAAGGCAAAAAUGCCGCCGAUGAAACUGCAAAACAACGGCGGUGGAGGCGAUGUUAGCGACGGAAACGUAUCAGGAGCAGAAUCAGAUCAUUCGAACACAAGCCGCGAAAAUGAUGUGGGCCGCGACUCCAGCGAAGAUGAGGCAGAUUCGGAUGAAAGCUCAGAUAUGGACGAAGGAGAAUGUGAAAAUAGACGAAAUGAACUAUUACAACACGUACAAGACCUAGAGAGUCAGUUCAGCCAUCUCCGAGAACAACUAUAUAAGGAACGCAUGGCUCAGGUUGAACAUCAACUGGCCGAAGUUAAAGCCGGACGUUCACCAGAUUAUUUAGGCCCUCUUCAAGAACUCCAAGAGAACAUGAGGAUACGAACAGAAGUUGCAGGAAUUUUGCGCCAAUUGCGUCUCAAUAACAUCAAUAACCAGUUCGAAGCAGAGGAACAGGCGGCUGCACAAAAUUUAGAGAGCGAGAAAAAACUUGCUCGAGAUUAUUAUUACAGUGAAUUAAUGGACACUAUUCGAAAAUUAGAAGAAGACAGACAUAACAGUGAAAUAACGUGGGGCGAAGGGGGAGAGUGGGGAUCGCGGUCUAGGUCUAGAUCGCGUCGCAAAGCAGUCACAGUAUCAGGACCUUACAUUGUUUAUAUGCUUAAACCUCAGGAUAUAAUGGAAGACUGGACCACUAUCAGGAAGGCGCUUAAACGGAGCCAAUAUUUCAGGUAAAUUAUUUACAAUUUCAUGAUAAGAAGAGGCGUUAUUUCAUAAGUGAAUGCACAACAGCUUUCGCAUUCAACGCUUUAAGGUCCGUGUAUGUCUGGCCCGUACCCACAAAAACUAUCGGUUGGCCUGUUAUGUAAGUCAUGGAGAUCGCAGCCCCUACCUAAAAAUAAAGUUUUUUACAUUUUA